AAAUCUUGUAGUUUUUCUCUUCAAUCGGUCAAGUGGCGUUCUUUCUUUUCAUAUUGCUGUGUUUUUAUGGAACAAAACUGACAUUAAAAUAUUACACCAUUUGAUUUGAUUCCAACUGAGAAAUUGAUAUAAAUAAUAACUUGAUCUUUCAGUGCACAAAGUAAAAAUUAGUUCUUACUGCUAUGAAUUACAACUUAGUGGAAUUGUGAAUGACCAGGUCGCGAUCGAAAUUGGACAGCGCUGCACGAAGACGUGCGAAAAGGAAAACAAAAGAAAAGCAAAGACGACUUGCGUGAAAUGUGUUUGAAAAUAUGGAAAAUUUGAAAAUAAGUGGAAAUUUAUUUGCGAAUAUACGAUAUUUCGUUGAUGGAAAUUUAGAUGAAGAGAUUGAAAACUUGCUUAAAAAUGGUGGGGCACAAUCGAAACGUUUUUUAUCGGAUCUGGUUACACAUCUGGUGUGUGCGCCUAACUACACCGAAGAAGAAUUGGCAAUGAAUUUGGAUCUCUAUAAUGUUAUACCAGUUACAGAUCAAUGGAUAGUACACAGUGCCAAAUUGGGGCGUUUGGCUUCUACAAAAGCAUUUGAUCCAAGCACACAACGGCUUUUCAAAUCACUUAAAUUCGCAAUAACAAAUUUGUCAAGUGAAGACUUUAAAUGUUUGUACGCCAUUCUUACAUUUCAUGGGGCACAAGUUACUACCGCAGCCGAUGCGAGUUAUUCACACUUAAUAUGCGGUAGUAUAGGAGGAAAUAAUUAUAAUCGUGCAACAAAAAGAUCUGUAAAUAUUGUUAGCCCUGACUGGAUAUUUGAUUGUUUAAAGCAGGGUAAAAUUUUGAGUUGUGAUGGUUACCACCCUCGAUUGCUCAAGAUUGUCGACCAGCCUAAAGGUGUACCUAAAUUAACAAACAUUUCUACAUCAUACAAUAACGCUUCUGCCACAAAACCAAUACCACAAAUGCCAAUCUCCGUUCCUACUGCGUCAACUACAACUACGAACACAUCUGAUUGUAACAUGGUUGACUCCGUGGAGCAAACACUAUCGACAAUAUUAGGUUUUGAUGAUGAUGAUAUGGGUGGUAUUGUAAGUAGCAUUGAUAAUACAAUCGGUGGGAGUGUAGAUGAUGCCGAUGCUGCGGAAAGCAUUGCUAAUAUUAAAUCGCAACUGCAAGCUUCUUUACCUCCAUUACCACCCAUUCCAGCGACCCCAUCUUCAACCAGUACAAAUACAGUAGAAAAUUUAAAUAAGCCCCCAACAACCCAAUUACAGGACAACGCGACAUAUGAGACCAAUCAAUUGCCAGAAGUUUUAUUAAAUAGUGUUUCUGUUGUUCCCCAAAUACAACCUGAAGUGCAGUCUCAACCUCAACAUACUCAAUUACAAAGUCAAUUAAAUCCUCAACAACAAAUUGUGUUUGUACGUCCGCGUAAUAUUCAACAGCAACAACAACACCAACAACAAAUAAUCUUAGGUGGUGCACAACAGCCCUCUUUACAACCUCAACAAAUAAUAGUUCAACAAAAAAUAGUACCUAAUGUUGUGGCCCAGCAGCAAAUUCAAAUGCAACAGCAGAGUCAAGCUAAAAUAGGAUCAGGAAAUGUUUUGCAACAACAGAGAACUCUCAAGAGUCCCCAACAUCACAUUCAAAUAAUACAACAUCAACAACUGCCCCAAGCACCACGAACUCCCCAGCCACAGCCACCUAGUCAUCCUAAUCUUCCCCCUCAACCGCGUACCGCCCCAUCGACACCCACUUCAAAUGGACCACCGCCGUUGCCCAUCCCACGUACUUCGACUCCAACACCAACAGCUAUUGGUGUUAACAUAUCACAACCGCGGACACCCCAACCUCCCAGUGGUAGGCAAACUCCGGCAUCUAGAACACCCUGCACUACUCCUCAGCCAGCCAAUCAGUCCCCCCAGCAUGUCACUAUACCGAUGUCGCCACAAUCUCAACAGCCUCAUCAACAACAAACAGUGCAAAUGUCGCCGCAAAUGUUACAUCAACACAUAUUACACCAGCAAAAUAUUCUUCAGCAACAACAGCAGCAGCUUCAGCAACAUAUUCAAAAUGGGCAGAGUUUGACACCACAGCAGCAGGCUUUACAGCGCCAAAUACAACAUCAACAACAACAAUUAAUACAACAACAACAGAAAUUUCAACAACAAAUACAGCAACAUCAGCAGCAGCAGCAGCAACAACAACAGCAACAAAUGCAACAGUCGCCCCGCUUAAAUCAAAAUCCACAAUCGCAAUCACCUUCCUUGCAACAACAACAAAAUCACGGUCCUAGUGGUGGUAGCAUGAUGCCGCCACAAUCGCCACGGCAAUCACCUGCUCUUCAAAUGACGCCACCGCCGCACUCGCCUCAACCACAGCAACAACAACAACAACAUCAGCAAAUGCGUCAGCAAAUGCAAAAUCGACAGCAGCGUCAGCCGCAAUGUUUGGGUGGUGCGAUGGGUUCACCCCAACAUCAGUCAAUGAUGUCACCGCAGCAACAACAAACUCUGCAACCUUUUCAACAACCGCAGCGUAUUUCUCAAGCACAGCAACAACAAAGUCCACAACAUAUUUCUGCUCCGCAGUCGCCGCAAACACAGCAAUCGACAACAACGACGCAACAAACAAAGCAACAGAUGUUACAACAAAUGAAACCAAUCGAUCCAACAGAUCCCGUACAGGUGGCGCAAGUUCUCAGUCGAUCAGCACCAAGUCCAAAUCACGAAUCAUUAAUAAUGAGACAACAGCAUUUGAAACAACAGCAAGCACUACAGCAACAACAGGCAUUACAACAGCAACAUGCAUUGCAACAACAACAACAACAAAGUAUGCAAAUUCAGCAGCAACAGCCCCAAUCAGCCAGACAAUCACCUUUACAGCAACCACAGGUUCAGCAACAGAUUGUCGUCAAUCCGAGCAAUCAGCAACAGCAAAUUAUUGCUCAGCGGCAUGUCAUCAACACAUCCACUGUGCAGGGUCAACAGCUAAUACAAAGUCAUAUGAUGAAUAUACAACAUCAACAACAACAAACACAACACAAACAACAACACCUGAUAAAUAUACAACAACAACAACAACAACAGUUAAUUGUUCAGCAACAGCAGCAACAACAACAGAAGCCUACUGGCAUGAUAAUCGGCGGAAUGUCACCGCAGCCACAGCCGCAGCAAUUGCAGCAGGCACAACAACAACAGCCGGGGUCUAUACAGUUUAGUCAACCACAACAAAUGACCAUGUCAGGGGGUCAAGUCUGCAUCAUACAGCAAACGUUGCAACCACAACCACAGUCACAGCCGCAGCAACAACAACAACAGCAACAGCAAAUUAUUCAACAGCAGCAGGUGACUGGUAUUUCCACAAAUUAUCAACAACAAAUAAUGAGUCCGAACAUACAGCAAUCUAACACACCACAGCAACAACACCAACAGCAUCAAGUAAUAAGCCAACAAAUUCAAAUUCCACCACAAUCUCCGCAACAUCAGCAACAACAACAGCAACAGCAACAAAUUAAUAUUGGUGGUACCCCUACGCAAAUAACAACAAUUCCAAACAAAUCGAAAAUUAUAAUCAGUCAACAGCAGUUUCAACAGCUCAGUGUGCAACAACAACAACAGAUAUUGCAACAAAAUCAACAGAAUCAGAACGUCGUUAUAGUUAAUCAGACAAAUUUGACAUCUCAGCAGCAACAACAACAACCACAAACACACCCGCAAAUUGUGCAACAAAUAAUACAGCAUCCUAUGCAGCAAUCGCCACAGCAACAGCAACAAACAAUCCAAAUGCAGCAAUCCCCACAGAAUCAGCAGCAGCAAUUGCAGCAAAUUCCCCAAAGUCCAACGCAAGUCCUUAAAACUCCGCAACAACCUCCGCCCAUUUAUACGCAUCGUCAACAAUCCGUUGAAUUGACGGAUGGGUCUAAUAGUAUGUUACAACAACAACAGCAACAACUUCAACAUACCCAGCAAUCCCCGCAAAUGAUAACACAAACUCAAGUCAUACUUAAUCCGCAACAGCAGCGUAUGCCACUACAACAGCAACAUCAACAGGGCAAUAUGCCUCAGCAGCCACAACAAAUUGUAAUUAAUCAGCAAGUUAUCAAUAAUCCUCAACGUCUACAGUACAUACAACAACAGCAACAACAGAUACAAUUACAGCAACGUAAACCACAACAAAAUGCAAUAAUUGUGGGUCAACAACAAUUGCAACAGCCAUCAUCUCAACAACAGAUUAUAAUACAGCAGCAAACUGUGCCGACGCAAGCAUCGCAAGCACAACAACAACAACAUCCGCAACAAUCGCCACAGCAACAAAUGAUGACAAUACCUGGUAACAGUAAUAUGCAGAAUCAAAUAAUAUUGCAGCAGCAGAAGCCAACAUUACAACAACAGCAUUCAGUGGAGGGGGCAGCGUCGCAACAGCAACAGCAGCAACAACAAAUUAUACUACAACAGCCACCCAUACAACAGACUGUAGUUAUUCAGCAACAACAGUUGUCACAACAACAAUUAAUUGCUGCUGGUCAAUCGCCACAACAACAACAACAAACCCAACAGCAACAUCAGCAAUUAAUUAUUCAGCAAAGUUCACCUCAGCAACAACAACCACAUUGGUCGCCACAGCAGCAGCAGCAACAACAACAACAAUCGAGCCCCGCUGGAAUGCCACAACAACCAACACAGUCUCCAGUAGUGGUUAGCGGUACACAAGUGAUCGCAACGAACUCUUCAUUGGGGAACUUACAAGCCCCUCAACAAUUCAUACGUGCUGUACGUCCCGGACAAUGGCAACAGCCGGGCAUAUCACCUGGCACUGCCGCAUUGCAGGGACAACCCCAGCGCCAAGUCAUACAAGUUGAUGACAAGACUCAUGCACAUCUUAUGACCCUGGACCCAGUUAAGAAAAUGGAAUAUAUCGCCAAGUUACAACAACAAAAACAAAAGCUCCUGAUGAUUCGUCAGCAAGUGCCAUAUCAACCGCGUCCAGGUGCACCAAAUGUUGUGUCAACUGCAAUGGGUAACGCAUUGCAACGUCCCGCAGGCGCACCCACACCCGGUACACAUAUUAUUGUGCAGAGUCAAAUGCCUGCUGGUCUCACGCAGCAGCAACAAAUGCAAUGGUUGCAACAACAAGGUGCGCGGCAAGUUGUUGUACGUGCCGGAGCAGCACCUGGCUUAAGUCCGAUUUCGCAGCAACAACAACAACAAAUUGUUGCUGGUAGUCCACAAACACAGCAGCCUGUUCAAACGGCAAAUGCGCCUCAAUUCAAUCCCACCGACCCCAAUCAGCAAAUGCUGCUACAGCGUCAGCUACGAGUACAGCAAGUACAAUUGCAACAGCAACAACAACAAUUGACACCACAAAAGCAACCGCAACAACAACAACAACAUACCGGUGUCCAAGUCCAAGUAGUUACCGGUGGUCAGUCUACAAUGGGCAACGAUCAACAGCCGACUGCACCUAGUACACCAACAACGCCUGGCGGAAAUAUAAUAAGUACGCUUGCAACGAGGCCGAUUGUUAUGGGCUCAGCCGAAACGCAGCAGCAAAUAGGUGGAAAUCCACAGCAACAGCAGCAGCAGGUUUUGCAACAGACGCAACAACAGCAAAUGAAUAUGAAAACAAAAACGGCAUUAGCGAACAUGUUGAACAGUCGUUUGAGCAACAGCAAUGGUGGAGCUAUACAAAUGCAGCAGCAGCAACAGACAAUGAUUGUGUCGGCGAGUGGUGCUCCCGUUACUGAUCAACCGUUACAACAACAUCCGCAGCAAAUAAUACAACAUCAAGUGGUAGUCGCCGGCAACGCGUCGCAAACCGGUGUCAUGCUACAACAGCAGCAACCUCAGCAAUCACCACAACAACAAAUUGGACCAGGUGGGGUUGUGCUGGAACAGCAGGACACGGCUGCAGGGCGUUUGCGACUAAUGACGCAACAACAUAAUGCAGCUUUGCAACAGCCAGGCGUACCGCCAGGUACACAACUAUUGCAGAGUGUGGUUGGUGCAGCUCCACCGCGCACACCGCAAGAGCUUAUGAUGCUUCAGCAACAACAAUUGCAAUUGCGACGUUCCGGAGUUGUUUUGCAGUCUCAGCUUUCGUCAGGUGGACAUGUUGGGACUGCGAGUGCCGGUCAACAACAAAUUGUUGUAGCGGGUUCUCAGCAACAUCCACAACAUUUGGGCAUUGCGGGCGGGGUGCAGCAGCAAAUUGCGGUAGCUCAAAUUUCCCAAACACAGCCAGUGCAGACGCCGCAAGGCGUGAUGACACCAGCUGGUUUUAUACAGGGCCGCCCUAAUAUGCCGCCGCCAGCUCGACCGCAAUUUUACGGACAUAAUCCAAAUCUAAAGUUGCCGCCAGACCUCUUUCUCGUUGGCUGUACCUUUUAUAUAGUGGAAUAUGACGAGACCGACGCCGAUGAACUACCCAUCUGGAUGGAGACCAUACGCCAAUUUGGUGGUGACAUUGAACGCGUCUAUUGUCAACGCGUCACACAUGUACUCUGUCGCACGCAACGUCAUGGCGUUGUUAUGCAGGCUUUGCGCGACUCCAAACGUUGCAUUACCGCUUACUGGCUAAGUGAUAUCUGUUUUAAGAAACAGUUGCUGCCGCCAUGGCAGGCACUGCAUCUACCUUUCCCCAGCCAAUUCGGUUAUCAAAAGCCGCUGGAAAGGCAUAUUAUAUCGACGUAUGGCUUCGAAGGUGAAGAGAGUUUUCGCAUUAAACAAAUGGUAGAAGAGUGUGGUGCCAUAUACACAUCAUAUUUGUCGAAACAUAACACAGUGUUAAUUUGUAAGAAGCCCGAAGGUGACAAAUACAUCGCUGCUAAGGAAUGGAAUAUACCGAUUGUAAAUGCCAUUUGGCUGGCAGAUAUUUGCAUUGGAAAUCUGAGCGGAAUGUCUCAGUAUGAAAAUCAAAAAUAUCAGCAAUAUUCGCUAAUGGCGCCCUUCAGAAUCGACUAUCCGCUAGUGCCACAAUUGAUGUCUGCUUGGAAGGCGCCCAUUAAUCUGACACAGGAAGCACAUGAGCGUGUCAAACGUUCAUUGGCCGAUCCAUUUUCGGAGCAAAAGGCAAAACGUCAAAAAAUUUCGCCAUAUCAGGAAGAAAUACCUGAAAACAUAGUUUGUAUUGAAUACCCACAAAAUGACAAGCCACCGAAGGUGAUAUUUUCGCAGGUUGCCGACCCAGAAUCGCUGAAAAAAGCUGUGCUUUCUCUUGGUGGAAUUGUUGUGGAAAAUCCAGAAGACGCCACCUUCUUGGUUAUGACACGCGAAAGUCGCACUUGUAAACUAAUUCAAGCCGUUUGUCAUGUGAAUUAUGUAUUGAAGUCGACUUGGUUGGUGGAUAGUGCCAAAGCGGGUCGCUUUCUUUCGCCAGAACCGUAUAAGAUACAAUACAUACCUGUGGAUGAGAAUCUAAAAUUCCAUCUAGAUACCGUGUUGCAAUCAAGUGUGCGAAAUACGCUCUUUGCUGGGAAGCAUUUCUUUGUAACACCCGAUGUUUUUCCGUCGCGCACUGAAAUCGUUCGCAUGAUUGAGGCGUCCGGUGGCAAAGUUGAAGCAAAACGACGCACAUCACAGGCAAUCGCUGAUACGCAUACACAAUCGCCAGAGUCAUAUAUAAUUGUAACGUGCCCCAAUGAUAUGCAUUUAUGUGUGGACUUGACUCGCCAGGGCAUUCCAAAGUGUCCAAUUGUUUCGACAGAGUUUGUGAUGAGUUCGAUACUAAAGCAAAAAUUGGAGAUCGAACCAAAUCUAAUCAACUAUUUGUAUAAUAAUAACUACGCUAGCACGAAGUCGAAAUAGUUUAGAAUCAUAUACGAUUAAAAUUGGCAUAUUUACACAAUUAAAUUUAGUACGUAGUAAGAAAAAAAAUACUAAUUAAGUUGUAGAUAUAAAAUUGUAGAUAUUUGUAAGAAAGAAGUUAUGAUUUUUUUAUAUAUAUAUAUCAUAUUUUCGUAAUACAACCAUUUUGUACAUGUUUAUACAUUACACGUAUUGCGAAAAUAAAGAUUUUUAUAGAAAUGGCAAGGCAACAUCCAGUAAUUUAUACAUACACGCUUAUGUAAAUAAUUUCUUUGAAAAAUAAUCAAAAUAAAUUAAUAUAAAAAAUAUGAAAAUGUUAAGAAAUUAUUUGAUAUUUUGAAAAAAGUAACCAUAAGAUUGCGUUCAAAACACUUGUAAUGUAUACGAUUAUACUUGGGAUAAUACGAUCACGACCAGCAAAUGGCGUAAAUGUAUACAUAUUAUUCUGUACUUUAUUUCUUUUUGGUUUUAUUUAACAUGUAAAACAAACCCGAAACUAAGUAUGUAGUAACUGGUUGGUUGAACUGUCACAAUAAAAAAUAUUUUGCAAUAUAUAAGUA